AUGAAUUGGAUUGCAUGGAAUAAAGUGAUUGCUCCAAUUGAAUAUGGUGGGCUUGGGUUUGGAUCAUUAAUGGACGCAAAUUUAGCCAUGUUGGCAAAAUGGUGGUGGCGCUUUAAAGUACAGGAAAAAGGUCUUUGGAAGAGAGUCAUUUGGGCUAUUCACCACAAUUCAAGGUCUUGGUCGGCGAUUCCUGCAAAGCUAUCUAUUCCGGGGCAAUGGAAACAAAUUAUUAAUAUCCAACAACACCUAAGUCGUAAGGGCAUUGACCUUCAUAAGCAUACGAGGUUUCCCAGUUUGUUUGGUAUUGUGGGUUGGAGGCUUUCGGCAGUUCAGUUGGGACAGCAAGGGCAAGAAGCAGGGGAGUUAUCGGGAUUGAUGGGCAUCCUUUCAUCCGUGUCGGUCUCGUCUAAUUUAGACAGUGUAAAAUGGGGUUUACACCAAUCGGCUGAAUUCACAGUUAGAAGCAUCAAAGAAAUCCUCAACGCGUACAGUAGAUUAGAGCCCGGUUACAAGUUUGUGUGGAAUAGUUGGGUCCCGAAAAAAGUGGGUUUUGUCACGUGGCGAGCAAAGAAGGAACGAUUACCUACCAGGGCUGCACUUCAGGCAAGAAACAUCCAGGUUAACUCGGUUAUGUGUGCACUAUGUGGAGAUUAUACCGAGACGAGUGAUCACUUGUUUGUGUCCUGCUCCAAGAAAAAGAAGAAGGCUUUAAAUGCUAUUGUUCAGGCUUUAAAUGCUAUUGUUCACGUUACAAUGUGGAGCAUAUGGAUGCCGCUUGCUAAUGAAUAA